CGGGCAGGUAGAGAGAGAGAGAGAGAGAGAGAGAGAGAGAGAGAUCAGAAACCGUUGGUAUAAUUACUAAAUCUAUUCUCUUUGUCCCUUCUUCAAUGGUCGUAGAUAAAUUGUCGGACUCAUCUUCUUGAUCUCUCCACUUUUCUCUCUCUCUCUCUCUCGGCGAACAAAAUUAAAGAAUUCAGAGAAGAGAGACACUCGGAGAUCGUGCGACAAGGAUCGAUCGAGAUGGGGAACUGCGCCACAAAGCCCAAGGUUCUGAAAGAUUCCGACGAGGCUCCGCCGCCGGUGGAGGAGUCCAAGAAGGAGAUUCCUCCGGAGUAUGUGCCGCCGGCGGCCGGGCGGCGGAGCGAUAAGGGGAAGGAGAUUUUGGUGGUCGCCGCCGACGAAGACGACGACGAACUUAAUGCCGGAAAGCGACCUUCCCUUAGUCACUUGUUCAGCGAGGAUAAGGAGAGGGAGACAAUGCAAAUAGAGGAGGACGAACCAGAACCAGAACCGGAACCGGUUAAGCUAGAUAUAAAGAACCAAACCGGUCUAUCAUCAGAUGUGUCAGAACAGGAAGCUUGUGUUCCCGAGAUUUACGAGCUUAAUGUUCCACCACAACCGACAAAUCAAGAGAUCAAGAACCAAACUGACCCACCAUCAGAGACUCCAAAACCAGAAACUGCUCUUCCAGAACUCCCUAGGGUUAUUGCUCCACAACCGGUUAUCGAUAACCAAACCGACUCGUCACCGGAGAUCCCAAAACCGGAAGAUUUCGUUGCAAAGGUUUACGAGGUUGAGAUGAACAACAACCAAACCGGCACAACAAUGGAACCACCACCUGUUCCAGAAACCUCGGAUGAGGUAAUCAAGAUACCAGAAGUUUCCGUCGAUGCGAAGGAAGCUUCUGGAACAUUCCCCGUCGACCAACAGGAACAAGUGUUCGAAGACGCUCAAGAAAAGAUGGAACCCGAGCCAGUUGUCAAUGCGACAUUAAUGGCAAUAGAUAGGCAUGAGAACGAGGAAACUGUCAAUGCAGAGGCAAAUAACGGUAAGGAUGAUACUAGUGUGUUUGCUGAUGAGACAGAGAAACAAGGAGUAGCCAAGUGAAAACUCUGGUUUAUGUCAUGAUAAAUGGUUAUAUGAUUUUCAGUAAUAUUCGAAUCUUUUUGUGGGUUCCUUCCACAACAAACUAAAACUACAGUUUCAGUUUAAGAAAAUGUUCGAGCUGUAAUUGUUUUACAUUAGUUACAUAUUAUAUUUUGUGAACUAUUUGUAAAUUUGAUUUGGAAUUAUAUAUGGGUGUGUAUGUUUAUGCCA